AUGAACCUAAGAAGAUUUGCUGCUGGUCGUCUACAGUCAAAAAAAGUAACAGAUGAUGAUUUAUUAGCUAUAAGAAGAGGGAAAACGGGUAGAUCAUUGAGAGGAAAAGGAACUUCUAUACUUGAAACAUUUAGUAAUCAUAUUAUGAUUCCAAAAUUUCAAAAUUAUUCAAAAUUAGAUCUGGAACGUAUAAUUAAAGAACACGGUGGUAGAUUUUUUCAACAUCAUGAAGCACAGCCUAAUAUGUACAUUUUAGCUGAUACAACUUCAAAUCUUCGUAUUCGUAAUCUUAUAGAAAGAGAAAAAUAUGACAUAAUAAAACCUCAAUGGGUUUUAGAUUGUAUUGAUGUUAUGGAAGUUAUACCUUUGGGACCAAAAUAUAUGUUGUUUACUACACAAGAAACAGCCCAAGAAUUUCUUACUAGAAUGGAUGAAUCAGGUGAUAGUUAUACGGACCCAGUAAAUUCAGAAACAUUGAAAGAGAUUUUUGAUGGUAUGGAAAUGCAGAAAGAAAUCAAUCUUUAUCACGAGAGUUAUCUCCGGUUGGUUAAUGAAAUCGAGGAAAAGUAUUUUGAUGAUGGAGGAUUACCAAAUUCUUUAUUUAGGAAUUUGGUGGUUUUUAUUGAGUAUCUGCCUUUUAAACAAUAUCUAGAUGGAGAAGAAUCAAAAGAUAGUUUAUGGGCUUUACGAGAGGGAUGUCGUGAUAGAUUGAAAUAUGUUGAGAUGAUUCUUCGUUAUAAUGGAGCACAAAUAUCAAACGAUUAUUCAAUAAACAUAACCCAUGUGAUAUUUGAUAAUCAAGAUUUAAGUCGUGUCAAUACGGAAAAAGAAUUUUUUCAAAGACUUGGAAUAUAUCCCAAAUUUCUUCGAUCGUCGUGGAUUAUUGAUAGCGAUAAUGCGAAAUUUAGAUUGGAGGAAAAAGGUUAUUUGUUAUGA